AGCGGCCCCAGCGGAGGAGUGUUGUUCUUUCCCCUUUCCCCCCCGCGCCUGCCGGAGAAGAAUGAGGCUUUAACUCGAACCCGGGGGCGGGGGGAACAACAGGGCUUCUGCAGAAGAGCCCGAGCGCGCGUCCGCACCAUGCGAGAGAAGAAGCUCACUACUGUGCCUCCCUCCAUAAGAGAAAAUGAAUUUGAAGAGUUUUUAGCAACUGACAAUAUACUUGUAGACUUCUUCAAUGAAUUUUUGGGUCUCCCAACAUUUGCGGAACCAGUUCAAUAUAAUCCCGAUUUUGGAAUAUUUGAAGUUGCUAGUGAUGUCCCACAGUGCAUGGAAAACCAGCUAAAACAGAUGCUUCGGGAACAGAAACCUCGAAAUCCCAUUUAUGAUGUUACAAGGCAGACAAAGAUACAAGCCCCUUUUUCUAAAGAUAGUAACACUCCCCCUUCCCCGGCCUUCAGUUUUAAUCUAAAUUAUUCAACCAUGAGUCUGAACCGAGAACAAGCUAUUGAAUGGAUAAAAAAGAAUAGAUUUCCAGCAUUUUUAGAGAGUGAUUGCUACUUUGAAUACAGAUUAGCUAAACUUGUUUCACAGGUGGAAUGGAGCAAAACUGGGAUCAGUUUUGUUAUAGACAAAAACUAUUAUCCUUGGUUCUCAAAAUCUCCACCCAUCAUAGACAGCCCUGAGGAAAAUGAAUAUGAUUUGAUUAUGAAAAAGUUCUACGUUUCUCUUGGCCAGGCUACUGUUACUCAGACACAGGAUUGGUUUACUCUAGCCAAACAAAGUCAGAACAUGAUCAUUACUGAUUGUUUUACCCGUCCUGUGUCAUCGUCUCAUGUUCGAUUUUUACCUGAUUCUUCAAAGUCAUGGCCUACAUAUGAAGAUAUAACGCCUCAAGAACUUUGCAAAACUUCUUCAUCCAUUAUUAGUGUUACUACUCGCAGUGAUCACUUAGGUUAUGAAUCCAGAAUUAAGAAGAAGCCCGAUUUUACUGACGUCCCAUUUCUUCAAAAGACAGAAGCCAGAAGAAGCAUAGAUGAAGGUCAUUCUUUGUCACUUCCUGAUACUCCUUCAGGGACAUUAUUAAGAGCAUAUUUAGGACAAGACUGGGAUUUUAGUCCUGAGGAGGGAAAGAGUGAAAGUGUGAAAGAUAUUUUCCAAUAUCAAGAAUUGGCAUCUUUUCACACUAUGGAUGAGUUUUCUUUUGCCUUUGUUCAAAACGUACUAAAAAAUUCUGUUGCAGUAGUCACUGGCCAGCCGCCUGAACCCAGUCCUAAUAACAUCAAUUUCAGUAAGACAACUAGAGUUUUUAUAUAUGAGUUAGUAGGCACUGAAAAAUCCAUAGAGUCCAUCUUUGAAAAGUCAUCUUUUGCUGACGCAACGGUUGAUGGAGCGGUUGACGGAGCGGAUGUGAAGAGUGAAAUUUCUGCAAAAUCAGAAAAGGAUAACACUGAAACCAGAGCAGCUUGGUGUGUUAGCCACAAGACGUAUGACAUUGGUAGCAGGCAUGAAUUUGAAAGAUUUAAAAAAUUCAUCAGAGGAACUUUGGGAGAAAAAUACUGGUGGCUUUGGAUAGAUAUCGAACGGCUGAAGGUCAUGAAGACUUUUAAAAGGCAGAAAAGACAGCUUGAUCGGAUGAAAAAAUUAUACCUGGCAAGCAAUGGAGAUUAUUACCUGACUUUUGAAGUUCUUUUCAAACUCAACCUGGUGGAUGGCGAUCAAUGGAAUGUGUAUAAUUUAAGGGGCAUCCAGUCUGAAGUAGUGAAACCUUUGCUUCUUUACUGGGGUCCCCGGUUUUGUGUAACUCAUAAAGCUGACAUUCAGGCCACAGUUGCCAAGCUGAAAAUCUGGCAUGCUCGGCAACAGAAACCACGUAUUGACGUGGAUCCUUUCCCACAGAUGGUGUCCCUGCUACCACUCAGGCCGAAAUCUUGCAUGCCAAAAAUAGAAUUUCCAUGUCAUCAGAGAGGAGAAACGGGAUUAACCCCGACUUUUUCAAAAGGAGCAGUGACGGAUAUCUGUCCCCAAAGGUCUCUCAGGCUGUUAUCUGCAAUUCUACCUCAAGGUCAAACUGCUGUUCAGGAAGAUCCUCAUGACUUAAUUAGGUUAGAAGAUAUUAGGGGAAGGCCAACAACAGCGUGCAGCACUAUGUCUCAUAUGACACUUAGUGAUAGAAUGGAUUACCUGAAACCACAACUAGAUCGAAAAUACACCUAUGCAGAAAUGAUCCCUGGUAAAAUCUCCCCAGAUUUUUCCGAACUUGGAAGUUUUAAAAUGGAAAGAAUGCUGCAAUCUCUUUUCUUGGAAAACAGAGCAGGCUACGUCUUCACUGACUUCUGUGAGAAAUCAGACUGUAGGCUAUGGAAGAACAGCGCAUAUUUUUGGUUUGACCUACAGGAUUAUCAUCAGCUUUUCUAUCAAGAAACCCUCCAUCCUUUGAAACUAUGCAAGCAAGCACAAGUGGAGCUGGUGGAAGAAAUUCGACAGCUGGACUCCGUGUACUUUAAAAAGCUGAAGGCUUUGCAUGCAGAGGGCAUUUCCAAGAAGGAUGAGGCUUUGGCAGUUGAAGACGUUCUCAAGAGGUCUGAGUCUAUUCGACUUGUAGACUCCAUUGAACAAGACUUUCUUGAAGGUUUCCAAUUAUACUCCAUUACGAAAUUGAUUAACAACAGGACAGAACUGGAACAAUUCCGUAUCUUUCUUGAGGAGCAAUCAGCAAGUGUGGACCUCCUGUGCUGGAUAGACAUUGAGCAGUUCAGAAGAAUGUUACACAAAAAUAAAGAAGAACGAGAUGAAAAAUCUAAGGACAUUAAAAAUAAAUAUCUAAACAAGAAAUAUUUCUUUGGACCGGACAGCCCAGCCACAAAAGAAGAACAAGAGCAGGUUAUGAAGUCACGUGGAGGCUGGGGGCAAGUACUUCAUGAACUAGUUUCUCCCGUGAUCUUGUUAGACGUUCAAAAGUAUGCCCAGAGGAGAUUAGAGACUAAGUGGUUGCCACAGUUUUAUGCCCGUCAAGACUUGGGGACGUCGAAACCACGAAAGCUACAUUUGGGAGAGGCCGCAGAAGACAUUUUAAUCCAGGGGCAGGAAGAGAAACAAGCACCAUGGAAGCAUAAGAAGAAUUGGGUGCUUUCGGCUAAGGAAAUCAUUACUUUCCGUAAAGCUCUGAUGAAUCCGAUCACAUCUCUUCAUUUUCAACACUUUGUGUCCCUGAAAGGAGAUUUAUUGGGGAAUGGAGUGAUUUUCUGGCAGGAAGUACAGAAAUACAAGUCUACUUUUAUACCUCUGGAAUUUCUUGUUAGCCCUUCACUUCAGAAUCAGGUCUGA